UGUCUCGUGAAGUUCAUUUCGUUUUUUUAUUUCACCAGAAGUUUUUAAGUUUUUUAAUUUCUUAAAUUAAAAGUGAAGAACUAUUGUAAAAAUAUUUGAGAAUAUAAAAGUAUUCCAAAGAAUUAAGGAAAAUGUCAUCUAUUUAUAUUACACAACUUAAUAAUAAUGGAAUCACUGAAGACUUGACUGAAUCAAUUAAAAUAAAGAAAAUCGAUGCAAAUGGAAAUUUAUUACAAAAAGCACAAAAUGGAAGUACCUCAUCUUUUGCAUCCACAUCAAGUGGCGACGAGGAUAUAAUCUCCACCAGUGAAUCUAAAACUGAUGAAAAUGAGGAUUCUGAAGUUCGUGAUAUUUUAGAGUUAAAGACAAGAUAUAACGAUGGAACCGUCAAAUUGCGUAAUCCUAAUAUUGAAUUAAUGGACCAGGAUAUACUUUAUCAUCUAGCUUUAGGUAGCGGAAGCCAUGAUUUGGAGGAAAUGUUUGGUGACGUUAAGUUUGUUUGCAUGGGUGGAACUCCAAAAAGAAUGGAAGAUUUCGCACAUUUUAUUAUGGAUGAAAUUGGAUACAAAAUACCUCCAGGGACACAAUUGCAAGACAUAAGUGCUUUUUCUUAUCGUUAUUCUAUGUAUAAGGUUGGUCCUGUAUUAUCCAUUUCCCAUGGAAUGGGUGUACCCUCUCUUGGUAUCUUAUUGCAUGAGAUUAUCAAGCUCAUGUAUCAUGCCAAAUGUAAAGAUCCAGUAUUUAUUCGAAUCGGAACAUGUGGAGGAAUUGGAAUUGAAGGAGGAACCGUUAUUGUCUCAAAUGAAGGCGUUGAUGGACAACUCAGAAGUGUCCAUGAGAUGACCAUCCUCGGAAAACAGGUUUAUAGACCAGCAAAAUUAGAUCAGAAAUUGGUAAGAGAGUUCGUGUCUUUAGUUGAUCCAACACAAGAUGCUUAUGAAACAGUCUGUGGCAAAACCAUGUGCACAAAUGAUUUUUAUGAAGGACAAGGUCGACUUGAUGGAGCCUUUUGUGAUUUUUCGGAAAAAGACAAAAUGGAUUAUUUAGAAAAGUGCAGAGAUUUUGGUGUUGUUAAUAUCGAAAUGGAAUCUACGAUAUUUAGUGCUUUGACUCAUCACGCCGGUAUUAAAGCAGCAAUUGUUUGCGUUGCAUUGCUUAAUCGUUUAAAUGGCGACCAAGUAUGCGCUCCAAAAGAAGUAAUGAUGGAAUGGCAAAAACGUCCACAAAUACUCGUAUCACGUUUCAUUAAGAAGCGCCUUGCACAACAAGGACGAUUGGGAAAACUCAAUAGUGGCAGCAUCAAAUCUCCAAGAAGAUUUAAGCUCGUACAACAAGAGUCUGAAGCUCAUGAAUAAAUCUUACAGUACAUAACUAUUGACUAUUACUCAUAAAUAUUAUGUUUAAUGGUUUAAGUCAUUUAUUAAUGAUAUAAAAAAGAAAACUGAUGAUGUAUCCAUGUUCAUUUUUCAUACAUUCCUUCUCAUUCCAUAUUGAUACACACACAAAAGAAAGGAACUAAAUGAUAUUGCUUUAUUAAAAAUAUACCUACUUAAAUAAUCAUUCUUCAAGUUUUAUAUGAUAUCCCCAAGAUUCAUAAAUAAUUUUUAAUCGUGUGUCUAAUUCUAUUCUACUACAGCUAUAAACUGCUUUUGUGAAAGUAAACUUAAGAUUUAUGAAGAUUGACUAUCCAAUUUUAAAUGGUAUGAUAUCCAUUCUUAAUAAAAUUAUUAUUUUUAAUGCUCAAACUUUUGUUUUGAUCCCCAACAAAAAGCACCCAAAAAACGAUAACCGAAAAGCAUUAAAUAUGUUGGCUAGAUAGAACUUAAGAAAUUUUCGCAAGUAAUUAAGAAUCGAUUGUCACAAAAAGAAAACAGAAUUCUGAAAAAUUACUGAAUGUUAGCAGUUUGUGCAGCAUUAAAUUCUAGAUACAAUUAACCAGUCUCUUUUUACACGAUUCUAUUGUUACAUACAGGAUUACAACAAAUAAUAGAUAAAAAGUUAUGCAUGUCCAUA